AUGACAUUACAAGACCUCAAAAAUCUUGAAAAUUUUAACGAAUUUAUUUCUAAAAAUAAAUUAGCAGUAGUUGUAUUUUCUGCAACAUGGGUACCUCAAUGUGGUCAGGUUCUUGAAAUAAUUGAACAAUUAGUAGAAGACAAUAAUGGUUUAUUUACUAGUGCUUCUAUUGAUGCAGAAGGUGUUGCAGAGGUAUCCUCAAAAUAUUCUAUAUCCGCUGUUCCAACUGUAGUUUUUUUCCGUGAUGGGAAAGAAAUAGAUCGUGUAAAUGGUUUUAGUCCUUCAGCUAUCCGUAAUUCAGUAACAAAACUUAUUACUGAAUGUUCUGAUGUUGUAGAUAAUGUAGAAUCAGUUACAAAAGAGGAUUUAAAUUCAAGAUUAAAAAAACUUAUAAAUAAAUCUAAAUUAGUUGUAUUUAUGAAAGGCAAUAGAGAACAACCAAGAUGUGGUUUUAGUCGUCAAGUAAUUGAAUUAUUAAAUAAUGUUAAUGCAAAUUAUUGGACAUUUGACAUUUUAGAAGAUGAUGAGGUUCGUCAAGGAUUAAAAGUUUAUAGUGAUUGGCCAACAUAUCCACAAAUAUACUUGGAUGGAGAACUUAUUGGUGGAUUAGAUAUAUUUAGAGAAGAACUUAAAGACCAAGCAUUUGUUGAUAGUCUUCCUAAGCUUUAA